UGUUGGCAAUCGGCUGCUCUGCUCUUCUCUUGUAUUUACACCUCACUCUCUCCGCGCUUCCUUCUUUCUCUCUCCUCCUUCUUCGCGGAAGUGAGCAACUGCUUCUGGAUUUAUUAGGGUUCAUUCAAGAUUGUGUUCCGUUCCGUUCCUCCACCAUACUCUAUAUUCGGUAAUAUAAACAAAUGUUUGUAUGAUCCCUUAGAGUCUCCCUCCGCGUCUCAACACUCUCUGUCCAUCUAUGUAUAUAAUGUAUCAUCUCAUUUCCGUAUUCUCAUAUCAACACACAAUUAUCUUUCGAUUUUUUCUUCGUGUUCUUCUUCUUGUUGUUAUAUAUAUAUAUAUAUAGAGAGAGAGACAUGAUGUUUAUCCCUGAGUCCUGAAUGGUGUUUGCAUAAGCGAGGAUUGUUUUGUUGUUUGUUGUUGGAUUGGGUUGAAUUGUUGAAGUGAAGGAGAAUAUGGGGUUUCCAUGGAAGAAGGUGAAGAGCACCACAAGAAUUUCCCAGAUGGUGAAGGAUCAAUUUCACCACCGGAAGAACGCCGCGUCGCCUCUCGUCGUCGAGACCGGCUUUCCCACUUCCCUCGUUGAUCUCAUCGUCAAUCAUCGCGACCGCUUCAAGAAGCCAUCCCCUUCUCCCCGCUUCAAGAAGAAAAAACCGCCGCCGUCGCCGCCGCCGCCGUUUGAUCCGCCGCAGUCGCCGUUGCCCCCUCCGGCGCCGUCCCCCACGCCUCUGGCGCCCACCUCGCCACCCAGACCCCCAAUCGCGACAACGGAUGCCCACGAAAUUGAUGGUGCUGGCACUGUUAGUGAGGAAGGUCAAGAGGGUGCCUAUUCGAAUAAGGUGUUUCUGGCCCUUCUGAAGAUCUUCCUGCUCGUAGUUCUCGCUCUGGGAGCUAAGAAGUUCGCGGUUGGGAUCACCUUAUCGGCAUUCUUCUUGUUCUUUGUAGAUUACUUGGCAAGAAAUGUGUUCAGAUACGAGCACUUGGUGCCAUGUCCAGAACUGCGGGAGAAAUUGAGGCUUAUCAUCAGUAGAGUUUUUAGAUUAGAGGAAGAGGCUCUGCAAAAGGAAGAGUCUUUAGAGCUCCCACCAGAAAGCUCACAAUUUGAAGAAAUCCAGAUUGUGCAGCCAAGGUGUUACUUGGAGCCUCCAUAUAGGAAGGAGGAAACCGAUGAUCCAUCUUAUUGUGGCAAAAGUUUCAGACCUGAAGGGAUAAAAUCAAUUUCGGAGCUAAUUGAGGAAGAUGAGGACUUAUGUGAAGUUCCUGAAUCCAAGAGUGGAAAGUCUCGCAGGGCUAAAAUAAAGUCAAAAAUGAAGAAACUUUUCCCAAAAAGGAUUGGGAAGACGGGAAAAGACUCGAAACUUGAAAUAAAUCCAACUGGAGAGGGAGUGUUUCCUAGAGUUGAGGAAAACGAUUCCCCUGAAUGUCCCAAAAGAGGAUUGGAACCUGCCACCAUGGCUAUGAACAUUACACCUGAUGUGAAAGAUGCCAUCAGCAAUUCUCUGGAAUUGCCUGAGGGUGUGGUGGAGAAAUCAGAUUUUGUAGAAAGAGAGAAGAAUUACGGUUACUUGUUUCUUAUUCUGGUUACCCUUGUUGGACUUGUUAUUGGAGGUCGAAUUUAUGCACUUCUUCUUACCUUGAUGUGGUGCUUCUUAUCAAAGUCGGGAGGAGCUAUAAGGAGAAGUGUAAUGGUUUCUUAAUCAGGAUUAAUCAGUUUGGCAUAUAUCUCCUUCACUAUGCAAUCAAUUCCUAUCUGUUAGAACAAAUUCGUCGAGUCUCUGCAUCUAUUCUUUUCUCGGAGCCUUUCUUUAGAAUAUUUGAGCUUGUUCAUAGAAGCAGCUGCAAUUUGGCACUUUUUGUCAUAUUGUUGUCUGCUUAUUAUGAAAUGCUCUGUUAGUCUCAGAUUGUGUUUAGGCCCUUGAGGGAAUAUUCAACCUUUGGUUGGUUACUCAACUACAGUUAUUGUACCAUGACCUGUAAAUUUACUGAUACAAGAUUACCAUGCUAACAUUUAUUCCCGAAUCAAAAUGUUUAUUGCCCAGCAAAA